AUGGCAGGAGAGGCUGUGGGGGCUCCACCCGAUCACCUCUGGGUUCACCAAGAGGGUAUCUACCGCGACGAACACCAGCGCACGUGGGUUGCUGUCGUGGAAGAGGAGACGAAUUUUCUAAGGGUACGAGUCCAGCAAAUUCAGGUCCCCUUAGGGGCUGCGGCUCGGCCAAGUCACCUCCUGACCUCCCAGCUCCCUCUGAUGUGGCAGUUGUACCCUGAAGGCUGCUACAUGGAUAACAGGUCUCGCUUGUGGCAGAUCCAACAGCAUUCAAUGGUCAGGGGAGUACAGGAGCUGUUGCUUAAGCUUUUGCCUGAUGGUUAA